AUGGUUCAGCACGCUCCGUUUCUGUUGGGAAAAUUUUCUGAUCCGUUCUUGGCAGUUAUGGUAGGCUGUCUCAGCUACUACGUUUACGAGGGAAAGAUGGGACGGCCACAAGGUCACCAUUUACACGAACUCAUCAAGAAGCGAUGGGACGCUCGCAAACAAUAA